AUGAAGGCAACUGGUGUUUUCCUGCUCCUCUGCCUGGCACUCUGCAGCUAUCCAGGAAAUACUGAACCGGACGGUGCUGCUCACACAGGAACGGAGGCAGCUUGUGGCAAUUAUGACCUAAAGAAAGGCUGCGCAAAGAUCUUUGACCCUGUGUGUGGUACAGACAACAUCUUAUACAGCAAUGAGUGUUUGUUGUGCUUUCAGAACCUGCAAAGGAACACUAAUGUGCACAUAAAGAAGAGGGGAAAGUGCCAAGAGCCUUCCCCACGCUCCGACUCCACCCAAAACUGA